AUGGACGCUGUGGCAGUUCUCAGUGUCGCAGGAGCUAUCCUCUCAUUCGCCCAGCUCGGGACAGAGCUUUUAUCGCCCUCGACGAAAUCCUACGGCAAUCGUUCUAUACCGCUAUUUGACGCAACUCAUAUCUCAGAAAGACUGAGAGAACUGGAGAGUACCCUUUCAAGUGCCGCGAAGCUGGUGGGUGCCCGAGUGGGGGAGCACGACCUCGCCGCAUCUUCAUUAUUCGAAGAGGCCGCCGCUUCCUGUCUUGGAGACAUUCGCAUAUUGUUGGAACAACUCAGAAAUGUCAAAGAGCGCAUAGAAAGCGGUGGGCAAUUGAAUCUCUUAGAGGACAUGGAAGCUGCGUUCCGAUCCUCGGUUUUUUCCAGGCUGCCACAAGAUAAAAUCGAGCAUCUUUCUAAAGUGGUCACGGUUUAUGUCAGCUCCGUCGUAGGUUCGCGGAUUAUUGAAAUUGAAGGUAUUGUAGAUUCACUAAAAGGUGACUCCCGAUACACUAGGCCGGAACAUGAAUCUCGAGUUGAUUCAAUGGCUCAGGAUCUGGCAAGUCUACAAGCAGAAUUGAGUAGAAUCUCAGCACGUCUCGAGAGACGAUCCGUAGUAGCGUCCUUUUCUCCUGACGAUAUAAGUACAAUUCAGUCCCUAAUGACCCGAUUGGAUGUAGAAGAUCACAUCAUCGUGGAUAGAAUUGUUGCCAGCCUGAAUUACGAUAGCAGACCUGUUCGCCAUGACUCUGUCCCUCAAGCGCACAAGGACACGUUUCGUUGGGCGUUCGACUCUCAGCUUGCCGAUUGGUUUCGCUCUGGUAAUGGUACGUUCUGGGUCUCAGGCAAGCCGGGUUCUGGAAAAUCAACUUUCAUGAAGUUUAUAUCCAGCCACAAACAAACAAAAGAGCUGCUGUCAUCCUGGGCAGGCUCGACGGACAAGCUCGCUAUCGCAGCACACUUCUUCUGGAUUGCAGGCACGCCAAUCCAGAAGUCUUGGCAGGGCUUGUUCCAGUCUUUGUUGUUCGACACAUUUCACAAGCAACCCGCAGUCGUCCGACUUAUCUGCCCCAGCCGGUGGGCCGCCGCCAGGAAGGGGAAUUGGCAAGAAGCAGCUGAGCCAUGGUCCGUGACAGAACUUGGUGUUGCGCUGCGGGCAUUGGCGACCACGCCAGAAUUUCCUCUGAAACUGUGCUUCUUCAUUGACGGACUCGACGAAUAUGAUAGUGACCAUUCAGAGCUGUGCGACAUAUUAUACGACAUGGCCAGCUCUUCUCAUAUCAAGAUAUGUCUUUCCAGUCGUCCGUGGCCGGUUUUCGAAGAAAGGUUCGGAACCGAUGACAAGAAACGGAUAGACAUCCACGAGCUUACUAAAGACGAUAUCCUGCAGUUUGUGAUUGACCAAUUACAGUGGCCGGACGACAAGGACUCUGAAAUUUCCGAUGAGGAGAGAGACGAAAUUUGCCAACAAAUCGCCACUGGGGCAGAUGGUGUGUUUCUUUGGGCUUUUUUCGUCACAAAGUCCUUACGUGAGGCCGUGUCUAAGGGUGCUACUGUUACCGAUUUGCGCAACCGCCUCAGGGGUCUACCGAGCGACUUGGAGCAACUAUUCAGGACAAUGCUCGAGAGUGUAGACAAAGUUAGCCACCCAAAGAUGGCGGGCAUCCUACAGGCCGCUUCUAAUGCGCUAGAACCACUCCACAUCGAUCUUUAUUGGAUGCUCGAGAAGGAGUUUGAAAGCCGUGACUAUGCACACCAUUGUCCGAUCCAAGCCACAUCGUGGGAAGAGCGGUCAAAGCAGAGGGAGAACACGACUCGCAGCGUAAGUGACAAAACAAAGGGUCUUCUCAAGCUUGUAAACCAGCGAUUUGAAUUUCUCCACCGGACGGUCAAGGACUUCGUGCUAACAAAAGACAUGGGCGAAUACCUUAGAGGAAAGCUCCCGGCAGGGUAUAAUGGCUAUAUCGCCAUCGCUGCCGCAUAUCUCGGUUUCCUGAAAACUACAAGUUUCGAAAACUCGAUCAUAGCGGGAGUUGUCAGGUUAGGCCAGGGCCGGAACUCCGGCCCCUUUACCUCGCAUCUGAACCAAGCCCUGACGUACACGUCAGAGGCACUGAAGUCGAACGAGUCUCCAGAACUCCUGGCACUUUUGGGAGCUUUCGAAAAGUCUGUGGACCAAAUGAUCCGCAGCGGCCAUGUUACUCUGCGUGGCCCCAAUGCUGAAGGCUGCGAUUCCAGAUUGCUUUUUCGCGAGGAGCUUCUCCGACAUAACUUGACUCCGUUUAUCAAGCAGAGGCUACGAGAAGAAGCUGGCUUCUUUGAUGUGUUCGACGAGCCUCCGUUCUACUCUGCACUCAUGCCUAUGUCACUAAGCAGUGGAGAGAGUCCUGCCCCUGUGCCAGCAGUUCUGGACAUCCUGCUUCGAUAUGAGGAAAAUCCUAACAACACGACGCGCGACAGAUCAACAGGCAUCUCGAAUAGUGCCUCAGGAACCCCUUCUCCAUGGGUCCUCUUCGCGCGGGACGUCAUGUCCGUCUUUAACAUGCUGACGGUGCCUUGCAACUUCCCUGCCAUACGCUUCAACGACACGCUUAGCAACGGCAUAUUUGAUCUUCUGUUGUCUCACGGUGCCGACUCCAAUGCGAGUCUGCUACCAGAUCGGCCUAUUGGAGCUCACACGGCUUUCUCGCACUUUUUGGGUAUUUCGCUGUCUCAAUUCCUGGGCCCCGAGUGUUACGAGGGCUACCUCAGGACGUUGGGCGCAUUCCUGCGUGCCGGUGCGAGCCUCGGGGUUCCUUCAGCCUUGAGUAGAGGGUCGGACUUCAGGUUGGAUCCGAAAACAGAUGACCAGAAGGCGUUUGGUAACCUUGCUCGAGAACGCCCGGACGAAUCAGUAUUGACUUCGUUUUGUACAGAGUUGGAGACACUUUUAUCAAGACUUGCGGCAGAUCCGGGGCGCGCUAAUUUUAUCCAGUCUGUAGUUACGAUAUUGGUGAUACACUGCUCGGGACUGGAAGAGGAGUUGAGACAAAUAGCUUCUGCCGUGUCAAAGGGUUGUCCUGAGUACAUCCAUCAGAUUCUGCUACCAAUGAUCGAGCGUGAGCUAGCAAGAAAGGGGUCAACGAAGAGAAGCCGUGGCAGCUGGGAUGGAGCAUUGUCAAAUUCUGCGGUUAAGCACCUUAGACAUUAG